AUGGCCGAGGCGUAUCGAAGGGGUCAAAGACAGAGCCGUGGUCAUAGGAGUGCGCUGGCAGGUGAGAUUGUGCAUGAGCAGAUUAACAAGCUCAAGAAAGAACACGGUGCUACGCUCGCAGAAAUCCAAGCAGAGGUCAGCGCCCGUUUCGUCAAAUUCGGCGGUGCGGCCGUGGUCACCAUUUCAGAAGUUUGGGGUGUUUUACGGCUGUGGACGCGCCGCGCUCCCGAUGAGAGUGUGCAAACUACUGCGCAUGAGAGGCUGACGGGCCGGGGGGCUACUAGAGUCCCCAGCCUGUCGGCCUCCCAGAGAAGUCAAAGACGCCGAGGAGAGCUGGCCGCGUCAGCUAGGCGAGAUCACAAGUCGCCGCCUUCAAGGAAGGUCAGAUUCAUGGACGCAGAGAACAGGAACAUUACUAUGACGGCAUGA